GGGUUUUUCUCCCUCCUCCCCUACUCCAAGACGGGGCUGAACCCCACCUCUGGGCGCUGCAGGGAGAAGCUUCCCAGGAAAUUCGGUGGUGGAGAGAGGGGUGGCUGCUUCCUGGAGGGGGAGCCAAGGCAGGGGAAUCGGGAAGACGAAUCUAAAGAGGGCCAGGAGACAAGCUCUAAGUUGCCCUUUUAAGCUUGGAGGAGAGACUCAAGGGGGCUACGAAAGAGAGGAUAGGGGCAUCUGGGCUUCAGUGGCACCCAAAGAAGCCAGUCGUUAUGGCCUCCGUGGGUUUGCCCCCUCCCCCUCCUGCCAUCCCUCCCUUGUCCCAGCCUCUGGCUAUUGCCCCCGAGCAGUUCUCUUGCCUGGUGCGGAUAUCGCCGGGUUCCCGGCUGCAUUGGCAUGUGGGGUGGUGGCGCUAAGGGACGUCCUGGUCUCUGUAGGGCCUGGAAUCUCCGCCAAGGCCGGCGAGGGAGAGGAGGCGGCUAGAGAAACACAGAAAAGACAAUUUACAUAGAAAUGCUCGCUAUCUCCCUUCGGAGACGUUUUUGAAAUUAAAGGGCUGUGGGUGGAGACACCAAAAAUGAGGGAGACCCUCCGCCCCCCCCCCCAGGAAGCUUGCCCGAGAAUGCCCAAAUCUCUCGCCACUCACGCAGGAGGGAGCCUCGCUCUGCAGGGAGACAGUUUUGUGGUUUUAAUGCGGUAGGUUACAGCUGUUGGUUUCUGCGCUUAUCGAUUCUAUUAUUUGCAUUGUAUUGGUAUGGGAUGUGUGGAUUUCGGUGGAGGAAAAAAUUGCCAUGUGUGUGUCUGAUAUGGUAACAUUUCAAACUUUCCUGGGUCCAAACAUGGUGAUUGUGAAAGAGCUGUUAAGUGUGUUUUUGUUUUAGGCUUUUAAAUAAAAACAAAAAAGAAAGAAAUGUAAGAAGAAAAUAAGAAAAUCCAGUUAUGGAAUGGUGUGUAAACUGGAAAGCUAACUGGCACUGAGCUCAGGCAGUCCCGUCCCUCGGGUGUCCAAUUUAUCUCUCAGUCAGGCCUUCUAGAGGUGUGGGGAGGGCGGAGAACCAUUGGGCAAGAGACAGAGAUUCCUCAAGUAGCUGGUGGGGAGGAAGUAGAAGCCAGCCUUGAGGCAAGGACUUAAAAAUGGGGCAAGGGAGCUUCUGGGGGAAGUUUCCAGCUAAGAGAUAAGUGACGUUGGCUGUGGAGGGCAGGAGAGAUUGUGAUUUAGUUUGGUUUGCACGAACAUGUGAUUGCUUUUCUCUUUCUUAAGACCAGAUAUAGGACGUUCAGCCUCGAGCCUCUGGUCGCUCCGGAGUUACAGGGCCUGGGGUGUGUUGGAAGUGGGGGUAUAUUUAUUAUUUCAGUCCUAAGCUGGGAGAGGGCCACUUGUGGCGCGGAAGGGGCUCUGGGGUCCAGGGUAGAUGCCCUAGUCUCAGGCCCGGCCUGGGCGCCGGGAGGGACCGCUCGGUUUCGUAGCGAGAGUUCUCCGCCAGCACCCACGGCACUAAGGGCUUAUUCUCAAGGGAUACAUUUCCCAAACCCACCCACACUAAAGGUCUUUUUCUCCUGUAGUCUUGGAGGGUUAUAAAUCCUCCCUUAGACAGUUCACUGGGACCCAAAUUAUGCGGUUUGCUGCCAUCUACCGUCCGUUCGCAGACACGCGGCUUCUGCGCCGCAAACCCCGCGACACUGCCCCAGCAGUGCCCGAUGCCUGGAGCCCUGGCCGCGCAGGGUCCAAGGGAUUCAGGGGAUUUCGGGUCCACACCGACGUUCUCAGCUGGAUCUUGAUUCCCCGGUGUGGGUUAGAGAACAGAACAAGUCUCUCCUCCACCCAUCCUCAAUUCCCGACUCUCCCCGCCCCCUCAUCCGUACCUCCCACCCCAGCCUCAAACCUGGAGGCUGGGAGGGGAAGGGGAAGGGGCUUCCUCUAGGACAUAUUUAAAAAGGUCUAAUUCUGCAUCCAGUGGCCAGGGGCCCUGAACCAAAGGGUGGAGGGAUCAGAACCGAGACCCCCACCGCCACCCCCACUCCCACCCCACCAAGGCGCGGGAGAGAAUGGGGCCGCUUGAGAGAUCCGAAGCCAAGGCUGUUCAAGGUUUAUUUGGUUUUCUUCUCAGCCAAGGGAGGGGGCCGGUAGGGAAGGCGCCGGCCGGCAGUUCCACUCGGUUGUCAAAAGACAAACUGGGUCUGUGUUCUCCGGGUUGGCUGGUGGGUCUUGCCAGUUCCUUGGUUGGUGGGUCCAUGGUGAAGGAAUUGAACUGAGUUUUCUGGAAACUGUUGGUGUCUGCAAGUGAGUGCCUAUCCCCUCCCCCAUUCUCGAUGGUUUCAAGCGAAAUCGACAUAAAUAUGAUUUGGGGAAAAAACUGGGAGUGGGACUGGGGCUAAAUCAUUAAGGAACCACACCGUCGUAAUUUCCGUUCCUGUUGGACCCCUCACACUGGCUUAACUCGACCGCCUUCCCAGGAGGGGGUGGCCAGGGCUAGGCUAUGCGCCUCCACUGCAGCGUUUGAACGUUUGAAUAUUGGCCCCUGUCUCACGGGUUACUGAUUAGCUCUGGCUUUCAAGCCGUAGGAGGAAGCUCUGGCAGUUUCUUUAAAGGUGCUGUGGUCCUAGUUCCUGGGAGAGGGGUUCCAGGAAAUUGCCUGUGGUGCCAGGCAAGCCAAGGUGUUGUCAGAGUCUGGCCCAGGUCUGACGAGGUCGAGGGGCCUGGUGGUCCUGGGACAAACACUGCGGCUGCGGCCCCCGCACUUUCCGGCGCCUGGGCAUCUGGAGCAGCUCCUUUAAGCUUUUCCACAGUGUGAGUGACUUUCUGGCGGCUAUGAGACCUGGCUCAGCGAGUUGCUCUAAGCGAGGCCCUGAAGGAGCCAGCCUAGGUCUUCGGCCCUUCCGAAUUGUUUUGCUUUUGGGCAAUCCAAAGGACAGGUAGAGAAGUCGAGCUGGUACAGGGUAUUGAAACACUUCAGUACCCUUGGGGUGUUCCUGGGCCUGGGGGUAGGAAACCAGAGAGUGGGCUCAGCACUACUGCCCCCUCCCCUUAAAGAUUAAAGAGUAUGCUGCUCAUUUGCAUAAUGGAAAUGAAGUCUUUGUACCUUGAUUUGCAGGGGCCAAUUUUGGGGCAAUGUGCCUCAUCUAAAGAGCCUCCUCCAACCUAUGGGAGUAAUCACUCAGUACCCCUGGUAACAUUUAUGUUCCCCAAACCCAGAGAAACAGUCCAGGACGAGAAUUGGAUUGAAAUGUUUUCAUUGAACACUACCCCAGCCAAAGUUGGGGUGGUGAGGGAAGGUGCUCACCACCCCAAAGAGCUGAGGGGGAGGGCUUUAUAGCUUAGAGGAAAUUGGAAGCCUGGACAAUGUCUCAGCCCCCUCCACACACACGUCACACACACACACACACACACACACACACACACACACACACACAAAGGCAAAUAUCUCUCCUGAGGUUACCUAUCAAGAAUUUUACUCCUGAACUAAACACAACUCAGGAAACAUUUUCCUGAGAGCUGGAAUGUGUUAGCUUGCCCACAGGACUGCAGGCUCACAGCAGAGAAAAUUACAAUUAUAAAUCCUGCCUGUGGGGUAUCUGUACAAUCCCUCAGUUAUGUACUCAAGAAUUGGUACACAUUUCUAUUCAUCUCUCUGAACACACACUUCCUCGUUGAGGCAGGGAGAGACACCCUAGACUGGCAGAAGUCUGUGCCUGCUGUGUAUUUACAUAUUCCCCAAUGGAGACAGACAGACGUCGGUGGACCGAACCACAGACAGAUUUGUAAGGAUCUGGCUCCAGAAACCAGUCGGUCUCUGGCCAGCCCUGCCCGUCUGCUCUUUUUCCCAAACAAACGGAUCAGACGAAUAAACGCUCAUAAAUACCUCUGGGUUUAGAUAAGAGGAUGAGGCGCUAUUUCCUUUCAUGCCCAACUCCAGGCGCCCAGGCCCUGCCCAGAGGGGCUCCAUCUCCAGACAAGCAACCUGCAGAGGUGAGGUUAAUUUGGGGGCUGUCACUCUAAGGAUAAGACAAUUAUUUUCCUGCUUCUGUCACAGGGAAAUGCUCCCUUCCUCACCAGAUCUCAUUUUGCUCAAACUCUACAGAGAAGACCACACUAUUUAGUGCUAGGAUGGGGACAUUGUGGCCAGGGAGGAGGCAGGGAAGGCUGAGACCCAGGGCUCAGCCUCAGCAGUAGGGAGGAGGUGCAUGCAAGCACUCUCUCCCACUUUUUUCCCUCUGUUCAAAUGGCCCCUAGUCCACUCUAGAAGUGAGCCCAACCCUAGCUAAAUUUGGAAUAUUUAUUGUUCUUCAUCAUCAGGGGGUUUUAAUUUAUUUUCUUAAAUGCCUAUCAAAAAGUCCCAUAGAGUCAGGGAGUGAUUGGAGGGACAUCCAGGGAUGACCAGUUUGCCAUUAAGUUACAGCUUAGAAGUUGCCCUGAGUUCAGAGAGCCUUGGAGACCAUGUUGCAACCAAAUAAGUUCCCAGCCUUGGUCCUCUAAGCUCAGCUCCCUACCACCCUCCCUAGUGUCUUGUAUACUAUCUUCAUCCGGCAGAGCUCAGCCAGAAAAAAGAGCCCAAAGGAAGGACAAGACAGAGGAGGGUCAGCCUAGCCUGACAUCUGACUUUGUUCCCUGCCCCGACCCCUUCUUGUCCCCAAGUCUGAGGGUUGUCAUCCUUCACUACCUGGCCUGUGUAUGCAUAUUAGAAGGCUGGAAAUGUACUGUGGCCCUGUCUCCCAGCCUGGGCUUUCGAUGCUCAUUUUCCUUGGAUGAAAGAGCCAGCGACAUACACUCUCUCACACACCCAAGCUUGUAAGGCAGCAAAGCUGAUGAUACAAACGUGGGGUGUGGGAGGGAAUUGUAGCAAUGCUGAGACACAGACAGAAGGGAGAGGAGACGCUGGCUGAUGGCUGGAAGCUGCCUGCUGAGUCCCGGGGAGAACUCAAACAUCCUUCUCUCCCUAUCAAACUAGAGCAAAAACCAAGUAUUGGGAAAGAAUUAAUUUUAAAAAGAACUGCCAGCUCCUACAGACACUCGCAAGAGGAGUGAGGGUGUCUUUCUUCCUAGGGGUAUCUGACUGCCUCAAUUAUCAGGAUGGUUUGAAGACCCACAACUGGAAGAAGAAUGAUUUCUUCCUCAUGCCCAGAUUUACUGGGACAUCCCUGAUUCCUAAAAAUCCUGUAGCCCAGACUAUUCUUGAGAUUGCAGAGGGUGCUGGAGUGAGGGUUACAGGCAGGAUGGGGAUCGACAAAUAAAGUCACCCAGGCUGAGGGAGACCCCUGACUCCUUCACUCCACAUCACCACGUGAGGAGAGGGCUAGUCCCUUUCCCCAGUGUCCCUUCCCCUGCCAAGAGUGAGCAGCUGCAUACUAGAAGCAAGCAGGAUGUCUUGGGCAGCUGUCCGGACACUGCCUUCCAAGAAGCUCCCAGCCUAGCCACAGAGCCAGAGGGGGAAGCUUGGGCUCAGACCCUCCUGCCAGCUCCCAGUCUUCUGGGUCUCCUAGGCAGUGGGAUCUGGACUGCCCCCCCCCCCCCCAGAUCAGAAGGGCUGUGGAGAAGCAGGAACAAUAACCCGAGGCUUGGAGGAGAAAGGGCAGAUCUGAUAAACAGGAAAAACGAUGUUCAAAACCUGGGGAGGAGGGUGUUUCUUCUUUCUCUUCUUAGCGGAGAACUCUUCUCACCUUCUACCAACACAAAACCCUAGAAACAAACCUUCUUUAGGUCUCUCUCUCUCUCAAGCAGAUUCGGAAACAUUUACCCACCUCUCCCUGGAAGGACGGGGCCCAAGCAACGCAGGGGUUAACUUUUCUGAAAACACAAUUAACUUUUUCCUAUCCUGCGUGGGGUGGGGGAGAGAUACAUUUAUUUAAUCACCUAGGAGUGGGGUGGUCUCGAUCUAAACGCUCCCUUCCCCCUCAAAAGCACAGAGCCUAUUUCACAUAUCCUACGUAGGUGGAACAGGACGCGUUCUGUUGUUAGGGAGAGAGAGAAAGGAGAAGGAGAAAGAGAAGGAGGAAAAAAAAAAGGUUGAUAGGUUUGUGCGCGGGUCCCUCGUGCGGGCUGCGCUCCUCCUGGGUGCUAUUUGACAAUUCCUGCCUCUGCCAUUGGUCAGUGUUGGAUCAGAUGGUUGUAUUUCCUUCUGGCCCUCACUGGCACCUCGCCAUCCCCCCUCAGCUAAAACCCAAUCUCGGAUAUACUACUAAUAGGCGCGGCGCUCGGACUAUAAAACACAACAAAUCAUAAACCCGGCGGAGCAGCAGCGGCCGCGCGCGCCUCCCCUCCCAAUGAGUUCCUAUUUCGUGAACUCCACCUUCCCCGUCACUCUGGCCAGCGGGCAGGAGUCCUUCUUGGGCCAGCUACCGCUCUACUCGUCGGGCUAUGCGGACCCGCUGAGGCAUUACCCGGCGCCCUACGGGCCAGGGCCGGGCCAGGACAAGGGCUUUGCCACUUCCUCCUAUUAUCCGCCGGCGGGCGGUGGCUACGGCCGAGCGGCGCCCUGCGACUACGGGCCGGCGCCGGCCUUCUACCGCGAGAAGGAGUCGGCCUGCGCACUCUCCGGUGCCGACGAGCCGCCCCCGUUCCACCCCGAGCCGCGGAAGUCGGACUGCGCGCAGGACAAGAGCGUGUUCGGCGAGACGGAAGAGCAGAAGUGCUCCACUCCGGUCUAUCCGUGGAUGCAGCGGAUGAAUUCGUGCAACAGUUCCUCCUUUGGGCCCAGCGGCCGGCGAGGCCGCCAGACAUACACGCGCUACCAGACGCUGGAGCUGGAGAAGGAGUUUCACUACAAUCGCUACCUGACGCGCCGGCGGCGCAUCGAGAUAGCGCACGCCCUGUGCCUGACGGAGCGGCAGAUCAAGAUCUGGUUCCAGAACCGACGCAUGAAGUGGAAAAAGGAGAGCAAAUUGCUCAGCGCUUCUCAGCUCAGUGCCGAGGAGGAGGAAGAAAAACCCGCCGAGUGAAGGUGCUGGAAAGGGAGGGAGGACGAGAGGGGAAAGGCCUGUGGGAGCCAAGGGCGUCGGAGAGCCCCGGAAGGAAGGCUUUCGGGUGGGGGAGCCAGGAGACUUGCUCUCUGGCACAGGACAGGCGGGGCCAGCGCUCUCCUGGACGCCCCCGCCCGCACAGCUCCCGGCGGGUGCUCAGAGGCCUCACUGCUCGAGCCCACCCAGCACCCCUCGCCCUUCUUUCCCGAGAAACCCGCCUCAGCCUGAUCAGGCUUCCCGGUGAGAACUGAGGAUCGGACUCACUUGAUGUUUCCUGGAUGCAGAGCAAAAUGCUCUUGUCCCUGUCGCGUCUCAUUUCGUCCAUGUCCCCGGUGCACGGUUCAAAGGUAGAUUCGCUGUCCCCUCAGCGGGGGCCUUGAAGACUCCCUGAUCCCAGAUCUGUCGUCUCUCCCACCCCCUCCUUAAAGCCACUGGAAGGAGCACAUACUACCUAGAAGUAAGAAGAGGAGCCUCAGAAGAAAACAAAGUUCUAUUUUAUUAAUUUUCUAUGUGUUGUGUUUGUAGUCUUGUCUUAGCUCUGGACGUGAAAUACUUCGGUAAUAAUAUUAAUAUUAAUAAUAAUAAUAAAGAUGUGAAAACUCGA